AUGGAGAAAUCAAGAUGGAAGAAUAAAUUUGAGGAAGAACUCGGUAGAAAGUGUAAGGGGCGAAGGAGAAGAGGCAGCAAACAGAAAGCAAGUGAGAAUAAUGAAGUUCUCUGCCCGAAUCUCCUCGAACUUCGAGACCUUUUUGCAUGUAUAUAUAUAAACCCUCGCCCACCACCUCCACCACACCGUAUUCAGGAAUCCCUCAAAAGAAACACACACUUCCUACCCAUCACAAGAAAGAUGAGCAGGCCAGGAGAUUGGAACUGCAGGUCAUGCCAGCACUUGAACUUCCAGAGGAGGGACUCUUGCCAAAGAUGUGGGGAGACGAGGUAUGGUGGUGGGGGUGGCGUGUUUGGUGGUAGAGGAAGUAUCAUCAGCCCUUCAGCAUUUGGCUUCACAGGCCCAGAUGUCCGACCGGGUGAUUGGUACUGCAAUGUUGGCAACUGCGGGGCUCACAACUUUGCUAGCCGCUCGAGCUGCUUCAAGUGUGGGGUUUCGGGUUUGGUGGAGGAAGUGGUGGUGGAGGCGGUGGCAGCAGCCGUUCAGGGUGGAAGUCCGGUGACUGGAUAUGCGGCAGGCCUGGCUGCAAUGAACACAACUUUGCAAGCAGAAUGGAAUGUUUUAGGUGCAACGCACCUCGGGAAUCGGGUAACAAGUCUCCUUAUUAAGCAUGUUGCAGCAUUUCCAGUUCCGGGUAUCAUGGACUUGCUAUCUACCAAACAGGAAGAGAGAUAAGUGAUCGAUCAGACAGAAUCAUCAAGAGCUUCCAGUUGAUAGGAAAUUCUAAACUGACCCCCCUUUUUGCCCAUAUCAUAAUAUGCAAUCCUAUCUUUGAU